AUGAAAAACUACAAACAUUUUGGAACCAAGGCGCAGAACCCACCAAGUCCACCAGCUCUACCUAUCAUUGGCCACCUCCACUUACUAGGCUCAGUUUUCUCCAAGUCCUUGCAUAACCUAGCUCAUAAGUACGGUCCGAUUAUUCAACUCCAUUUGGGUGCAUCAAGAUGCUAUGUCGUUUCGGAUGCCGUGAUUGCCAGAGAAAUCUUGAAAACCAAUGAGCUGAAUUUCAUUUCACGUCCAGAAUUUGAUUGCUCGGAUAACAACAUAUAUAGGGGGUCUGGUUUUGUCACUGCACCAUACGACACGUACUGGCGGUUCAUGAAGAAACUAUGCAUGACCAGGCUUCUUGCUACUUCACAGCUUAAUCAGCUUGUGCAUGUAAGGGAGGAAGAGAUUAUGAAACUUGUGGAGUCAUUAAUUAAUUUUUCAAGGGAAGGAAGGUCUUGUAAUUUAAAGCAAGAGUUCAUGACCAUGACAAAUAGUGUGAUUUGUCGAAUGGCUAUGAGCACCAGAUGCUUAGAGGAUGCUAAUGAAGCUAAGGAGGUGAAGGAAUUGGUUGAUCAAAUUGUGGUGCUUGGAGGAAAGUUAAGUGCAGGUAAUAUUUUAGGUCCUUUGGCAAAACUUGACUUAUUUGGACAUGGAAGACAGCUUCGAAAUGCACUUGAGAAAUUCGAUCAGUUAGUCGAAAAGAUCAUCAAGGAGCAUGAAGAUCAGAAGGAGACGAAAGGCAUGGAAGGAUCAGAAGGGAGGGAUUUGAUGGAUAUUCUAUUAGAAAUAUCUAGAGACUCGAAUGUUGAAAUGAACUUGACUAGAAAGAAGAUCAAGGCUUUCUUCCUAGACAUUAUCAUGGCUGGCACUGAUACAUCGGCACUCACCGUGCAAUGGAUCUUGGCAGAGCUAAUCAACCAUCCGAAAGUUUUCAUCAAAUUGAGGGAAGAAAUUGAUUUAGUGGUCGGGCUGAAAAGGUUAGUCAAAGAAUCAGAUAUCUUAAAUCUUCCUUACUUGCAAGCUGUUGUGAAGGAAACACUUAGACUGCACCCUCCAUCACCUAUAAUCCUGAGAGAAGUUGCUGAAGAUUGCAAGAUCAAUGGCUUUGAUUUAAAGGGUAAGAGUAGGAUGCUAAUCAACCUCUACACUAUCCAAAGAGAUCCGAAUUUAUGGACAGAUCCUGAAGAAUUCAACCCGGAGAGAUUUAUGGUUGAUUCUAACAUAAAUCAUUUACAGAAUCAAAUGGAAAUGAAAGGUCAAACGUUCAAUUAUCUCCCAUUUGGGAGUGGGAGGCGAGGAUGUCCUGCCUCAUCACUUGCUUUACUGGUUGUUCAAGCUGCUAUUGGAUCCUUGGUCCAAUUCUUUGAUUGGAAAGUCAUAGGUGAAGGGAAGAUUAAUUUGCAAGAGGGGUCAGGAUUUAGCAUGGGGAUGGCAAACCCGCUUGUGUGCUACCCCAUCACCCGUUUUAAUCCAAUGAGUUUUGAUGAGAUAUGCCGCGGGUAUCAUGAUAACAGUUCAUGCAUGAAGACCGAAAUGAUAUCUACAUGA